AUGGAUGAUCAUAUUUCCCCAGGUUGUCCUUCUGGUUACACUUCAUACGACGGAACUUUCUUCAAGGCGUACAACCAAGCCAAGACGUACAGCCAGGCCAGACAUGUGUGUGAAGAUGACGGGGGGCUCCUGGCCAUGCCGAAGAACCAAGACCUCGACACCUUUCUGGUGAAGCUGAAGAACUCCGUGGAUAGUGGCGAAUAUUUCUGGUUCGGGCUGAGCGAUGAAUUGGGCGAGGGUGAGUGGAUGUGGGUAGACUGGACGCCAUACAACGCGACUUCUGAUUGGGGUAACUGGCAACCGGGCCAACCAGACGACGCUUUCGGGGCCGGGGAAGACUGCGUGCACUACGUUUCCGCUAGGGGCAGAGGGUGGAAUGACCUGAGGUGCGACACUACUCUGAAAUUCAUCUGUCAGCUGACACAGGAUGAAGGAUCACGUGACCACGCCUCUUGCCUCAUGAAGAAUGCGGAUAAAACAGUCUGCCCAGACAAGAGUGACGGAUCUGACUACCGCGGGAAUCUCUCCGUCACUAGAAGUGGGAAGACUUGUCAGCGAUGGGAUCUCAACUAUCCACACGCUUAUCCCUACUACUGGUGGUGGUUUGAUAAUCACUCUGACCCGCCCGAGAACUACUGCCGCAACCCGGAUGGGGCGCUCGGCCUGUGGUGCUACACAACGGACCCUAGCACCCGCUGGGAGUACUGCAACAACCCUGCAUGCCUUAUCUAAAACUAGAAAAGCAACAUUUUUGCAAAAGUGCAGACAGUUUUCCUCUAGCCUUGUGGCAAGCUACUCGCAUACAGUACUAGUAUUAUACCAUUAUCCUCGCCCCAAAGUAGUGUGUGUGAGUGAAAAAGUAAUUGUGGACAUGAAUGAGGGUAUCCAGGCGAAGAAUGUUUCACUAUACCAAUAAUCGGUAUUGUUAGACGAUACCUGGUACAAAAUCUUUGAUUUACAUAGAUUACUUGCGUCCCACUGAGUUUAGUGCGAUAUGUUUAAGUCAAUCAUGGUACCUGUGGAAGAGCAUUGUUCAGGAGCGCUACCAAGCGGGUGUGAAAUAUUCUGCAGCUACCACCCAUCCGUAGUCUCAUUGGUCGGCAAACUCCUUUGAGUCUGAC